AAUUCUUCUUCAUCGGGAUAGGGAUUCCGGAGAGAAUCCAAAGCCCGGCAGAAAGCUUGCAGAAUCGGACUUGGUGGUGAAAAAAAAGAGGGGGGAAGGCAGUGAGUUCGGGUAGUCGCUCUCAUGAAUAGAGGAACUGUCCGCUAAUCAGCGGAUCCGUCCGGCACCGAGCAAAGCAAAACAUCACCACCAAGUGCAACUCCGCGCACUGCGCUGAGCACCGAGGAGGCCUCUGAUUCGGAGAACGCACUGUUCCCCAUCCACUGGAUAAUCAUGACAGCCCAUAUGCACAGACAGCUCUUGGAACGUACCCUGUUCACCACGCUGAAGAACAUGCAGCUCAGACCGGUGAAGCGCAUGAAUUUCCAGUUCGACCCGUUUCACCCGCAAGUCUCUUCAAUCCGGGACUGUUUGUUUCACAUGAACGGCGAGAAGCUUCGACUUACCAAUCCUUCUUGUUCCAUGAAGACAGAGAUCGUCUGUGAUCGUUCGCCACCGAGGAUCGAUUUACUUCUGAAUGAAGGACAGCGUUAUCGAAUACUCACCGAAAACCUCACAUUGUUGGAAGUGGUUCAGCAGCUGGAUAAGAUCUGCCGACAAUUCGACCCGAAAAAAGAAGAGGAGUCGAGACUCUGAUUUGAGGCGGUACACAGGGAGCAAUCGACCGCGGAUAGAGCCAAAAUAAAAUAUAGCAGCCCUAUCAG